AUGGGUGGAAGGUUCUCCAAGGCCGUGCGCUCGCACGUGAAGGAUGAGCCCUCCGUCGCACCUACUACUUCAAAUCAUCACGACAUCGAUAUAAACAAGCGCCAAGACCCCGCACAGCAGCUACCCUCCAUCUCGCACACUCACUUCUCCGAUACGAGUACAUCUGCGCUGCAACGUAUGGCCUCAUUUGAACAAUACCUGGCCGAGCACCAGCUCAUGAACAUUGAUUACAACGAUGAAGCUGCGCCAGCAUCACCAGCACCUUCGGGACCGGCCCCACCUCUCGCCGACCCAGUUCCCCAAUGCUUGAUUUGCUGUACAGAUAUACCCAAGGACGGCAACAAGGAUAGCCUCAGGCCGUGCCGGAGCUGCAGUCAUAUCUACUGCGCUGAUUGUGUCAAGAACAUGUUCAUCGACGCGUGCAAAGACUCGACACGCAUGCCGCCGCGAUGCUGUGUACCCAUCAACCUUCAAUAUGCAAAGCCAUACUUGACGAAAGAGGAGGUAGCACAUUUCAGAGCGAAGUACGAGGAGUGGUGCACUGCGGAUCCCAUCUACUGCCCGAUGCCGACAUGCUCCGCCUUCAUACCAGACAGACUAUUGCCUGAGCAUGUCAGAACCAACAAGAAGCGACGUGUGGACUCUGGAGUUGGUACUCCCACUCCUGAAUCAUUCGCAUGCCCAACCUGCGAGGCAGGCAUUUGUACCGGCUGUCGGCAUCAGGCUCACCCAGACAGCAUUUGCAAUCUCAACGAAUUUGGCUUAGAUGCAGACACAGCCGAGCUUCUGAAAAAAUGGGGCUACAAGAAAUGCCCGAAGUGUGGACAUGGAGUGAAGAGGAUGUUUGGUUGUAAUCACAUGGAGUGCAGGUGCGGCGCACACUUUUGCUGGGUUUGUCUGGAGAACAUUAACAAUUGCGAUGGAGGCUGCUAUGAUGAUGAAGACGAGGAUGAGGAGGAAGACGAGGACAGAAGCGAGCCUGAUGAGGAAGUUCCACAUCCAGUAAGCGCCGACGAAACCAGCACAGAAUCCAGCAUGGCAGAUGUAGCAGUUCGACCGGGUCUGGAGUCGACUGAGGCUACAACUCUUCCACAACCGACUCGUCAACGCAACCUCGAUGGCGGAGGAUCUCGCUACUGGGCAGAAAGCUCCUUUAAUUUCGGCGAAGAACCUCAAGACGAUGGUCAAGAAGCAAUCUGGUCAUGUCACCACUCCUUCGAACCCUUCAAAGUCCCUUUUGCAAACGCAAUCACCUCCCACACAACUGAUCUGGAGUGCGUCAAGUGCUGGAGCAUCAUAAACCCAAUGAUCAGCGCACCAGUCACGUCGGCUACUCCCAAGAAAACAGGUCCUCCGGGCUUUACUGUAAGGGCCGCAAGGCACGGUGUACGACGAGGCGUUGACCGACCACACCUUCGCGGAAGAGGACGUGGGCGAGGGGCAUACGCGCCUCCUCGCGGCCUCUUUAGAGCUGACGCUACUAUCGGCACCGCACCUCACCUCAGAGCCGUUCUCCCACCAGCGUCUCCGAGUAUCCCAGCUCGAGAUGUCGUGCCCAUGGAAGACGUACAAUUCACCCAGCAUACCGUAGAUAGUACCUUCUCUCCCACCCGCACACAGCCACCACAUCAGUCUUCCACCAAUGCCAUGCCUCGCCAUACCAAAGCAGCCUUCACUUCUCCCAACCCACCCAGCGUCCUCAACCACCGCCCCUCCCCAUCCGGCCUCGCCCACGAAUGCGAGUACUGCUUCAUCGUCGUCUGCGAGACAUGCAAGGAUGCAGACGUCGCCACGCGCGAAGCGGAAUCCGCACGCAGACAGAAAGAAUACGAUGAGCGAGAGGCGAGGGAGGAGGAAGUGCGACGGGCAACUCUGCAGUCGGAAGACAGGGAGUCUGUGGGAGAACACGUCCCAACACCAGCGUCCACACUCCUCGACCUUCGUCCCGCGUAUACCCAAUCUGUGUCGGUGGCUCUAGAAGGAGAUCAGAGUGCAGGUCGCAGCCUUCUGUUGACGGAUUUGGGGCUCCCUGAGAACUCUGGAGUGGAAGUCUAA